AUGGCGACGAAGCGCACUUACUGCAACCCAAUCGUGCCUGGAUUCGCACCAGAUCCCUCGGUCGUCUUCGUUGAUGGUGUCUUCUUUCUGGUAACUUCAUCUUUCCACGUCUUUCCUGGUCUGCCCAUCUACGCCUCAACAGACCUUCAAGACUGGAGGCAUAUUGGCAAUGCCAUCAAUCGCAAGGAACAAAUCUCACUCAAUCGUGCGAGCACAGCAGUGAUGCCUCUCGAUACGGGGAAUAUCAUGGUCGCCAGCGCCGGUCUCUUUGCACCAACCAUACGCUACCACGAAGGCACUUUCUAUAUCGUUUGCACAAACGCAACGCACGAUGAAGAUACCUUCGCCCUGGAUAACUUCUACAUCACCACUACCGAUAUCUGGUCAGACAAUUGGACCGAUCCAAUUCACUUCUCUUUCAAUGGUAUCGACCCGAGUCUGUAUUUUGACGACGACGGCCGUGUCUAUGUACAGGGAUGCUGGAUGAUAGACCGACUCAAACAGCCCAGCUGCACGAUCAAGCAGUUCGAGAUAAAUAUUGCAACAGGCAAGGCUCUGACUGAAGCCCGAGAGAUCUGGGGCGGCUUCGCGCGCUAUGACACCGAGGGCCCUCAUAUCUACAAGCGAGGAGGCUAUUAUUAUCUCCUUGUCGCUGAGGGUGGCACCUUUGAGCAUCACCUGUUGAGUAUCGGGCGCUCAAAGGAUAUUUGGGGCCCCUACGAAUCCUGUGAUGCAAACCCUAUCAUGACCGCCGAUGGGAAACCAGACGAGUGCAUCCAGAACAUCGGCCAUGGUGAGCUCUUCCAGGAUCAGAGUGGCGCUUGGUGGGCAGCGGUUCUUGGUGUACGAAAUGAAAACAAUCGUCCACCGCUUGGCCGGGAGACUUUUCUGACCGCAGUCGAUUGGCCGGAAGACGGAUGGCCAACAAUUCAGCAACCGACGAUGGAGUUUGAGCGUGUCCUUUCUGGCCCUGUUGGUGGUCACGCAUCAUUGAUUAACAAGGCUCCGGCAAACGUUGAUCUUGUUUACAUCCGUGACCCCGAAUGCGAGAUGUAUCACAUUAGCGGCGAGAACGAUUUGGUACUCGGGUGCAGUGCUAGCAACCUGUCGACUCCUACCGGUACUAGCACCUUUGUUGGCAAGCGACAGAGAUCCAUUGAUGCAUCUGCAUCAGUAAAUCUGAAUAUCUCCAAUGCGUUCAAAGGGAAGCCCGUGGAGGCCGGGCUAGCCAUCUACAAGGAUGCACCGCGCCACGUUUCUCUUUCGUUUGACUUUCAGUCUUCGGAAGUGGUGUUCAACGUGACGACAACAUCCAAAAAUAAAACUCAAUCAACUUCUAUCCCAGUCAACACAUCCACAACAGUCCUAGGAAUGCGUCUGGAAGCAACUGCGCAGGAGUACACAUUUUUGUAUCGCGAGAACGACUCGGAAGACUGGAAUGCAGUGGGAAGGGUGCAAAUUGCCGACCUGGUUGAGAGAGAGAUGACAGGGCCGGUCUUUGGUGUCUUUGCGCACGCUAUGGAAGAUGGAACUGUCGGUGCCGAGGUUCAUUUCAGCAGAUUCACGAUAGAAUAG